UCAGGUUUUCUUUAUUCUUUCCAUCCGUUUGGAGUGCGUUGGCACCGAAGCCCCACGUUUCCGGAUGCCGUUCAUGAGGCUUUCCUUCAGCCGCACCGAGAGUGAGGCUGCCAUCAUUGAGGCAGUCAAUGCGGCCGAAAAGACCACCUCUCCCGGAUGGUUCAACCCCAAAUGCAAGAGGGCCGCAAUAUACGUUUUCAUGCAAGAAGUCAGCUUACGCGUGUGUUCAAAUACCAGUGAGCUGGGCGUUUCGCCAAAGACUGGACGGCCCGGUACGGCGUGUGCGCAGGCCAUCUACAUGGUGUCCGUGGUGGUGAUCCUGUGGCAGAGCCGCGGGCUGCACCCGGACGCGCCGACCGCGAGCGGCUACCUGCUGCUCUCGUUCCGCGUCUUCGUGGUUCUCACGCUGGUUCUGGCCUCGGUCAAGCUGUUCUUCAACCUGCGCGACUUCUAUUCGCAGCUGCACAGCGAGGAGUACUUGCCGCCAAAGGAGGCUCCCGACGUCUCCAAGCAGGACGGCGGCCGAGGAGACGAGCAAGACGACUUCGUCGACUUCUGCCGCCGCGAGGGUUUCCCUCUGCCCGAGGAGCAACGCAAGCCGGAAGAGCUGCCCGUCGAUUUGGGGUUCUAGCCACCGGCUCAGCAUCGUCCGCGCGCAAACAGUGUCUGCAGCCCAACCCCAAGUCAGGGUCUCUCACAGUCGUUCUUCCCGCUAGCAACAAUUUCGAGGAGGACGCGGCGCCAGGGUUAUCUGUUGUGGGCCGGCCGCAAUAAAACCUGACAAAUGA